UCGGUAUAAAUAUCGCCGUGAACAACAUUGCCAUCACGAUCAGCCUUCGUCGUUCAUGAUCAUGGGAGCUUUAACCAAUUUAGCCAUUCUUUCCUUGACACUUGUCUCCAGGGUUGCCUCUCGAAACCUUGCUUCCCAAUCCUUUGUGCAACUGUCUUCCAAUCCCGAAUCAGGUCCCAUUCCUUAUUGUGAGAACGGCAAAUGGAUCAGUUGUGAGCAAGUCACCGUUGACCUGAUGGCAUUGAGAAGCAACCAACCCUUGAUUCUGCCCAAUGGAGAGAAGGUCAGCCCUUUUGAAUCCUCACCAGGAUCCGAGUCCGGAUCAACCACGGCGUUUUAUCAAUCUGAGGACCUGUUGAACUCCAUGACCAUCACUUUCUUCGCCUCGGGCUCCAAUGAAGUCAAUGCCGUCCUUCAUGAGGGCGACCAAGUAUUCAACUUGGCGCCUUGCGACCAAACUGGUGGUGAAUGUCACGUUUUAGCCGAGGAGGAUCCCGACUUGUUCAAUGUGGAGGAGACCUCGACCAACUCCACAAUGAGGGACUUGGAGUUGAUGACCAAGACCGCCAUAGAGCAACUCACUGAUGUGGAGGACCGACAAGAGCAAGGUCGAUUCCAACAAGAUUCUGAUGGGACGUACGUGGCCACCAUCAAGAUCUACUACACCAAUCAAUUUGCCCAAACCGUAUCUAACGUGAAUGCCUACAUCUCGAACAUGAUCAGUCAAGCCAAUGCUUGCUUCAGGAACUCACAAACCCAGAUCCGUUUGUGAUUGCUCUGUACCCAACAACUGAACAACAUCACUGAAAACCGAGAUCCGGGUCAAAUUUUGACCCAAUUUGUCAACAUUAAAGGUGAGGAGGACCACUGUGGUAUAUUCAAUUGUUCCU